AUGGAAUACGCAAAUGUGGUCUGGUUCCCUUACUAUAAUAUACAUAUAAACAAUAUUGAAAAGGUGCAGCGUAGAUUCCUUAAAUAUCUGUAUUUUAGAGAGGAGAGAACGUAUCCUCCAGUUGGAUUUCCACAAAUUAUGCUUUUGGAGAGAUAUUCUAUGACAGCAUUAGAAAACCGUAACAAAUUAUUUUUGGCACUCACUAUUUAUAAGGUUGUUAAUAACAGAUUAGAUUGUCAUGACAUAUUGAGAAGAAUAUGUUUUAAUGGAAGUCCUAGAUUACUUAUAUCUAGAAAACCGGAGUUAUUUGCGUUACCAACACCUAGAACGAAUGUUCUGAAGUUUUCACCCGUGUACAGAUUGUGUUACAUAGCCAAGAGCUCGAAUUUUCUUGGUUUGAAUCUGUACUAA